AUGCAGAUCUUCGUCAAGACCCUCACCGGCAAGACCAUCACCCUUGAGGUUGAGUCUUCUGACACCAUUGACAACGUCAAGAGCAAGAUCCAAGACAAGGAGGGCAUUCCUCCGGACCAGCAGCGUCUUAUCUUCGCCGGCAAGCAACUCGAAGACGGUCGCACCUUGAGCGACUACAACAUCCAGAAGGAGUCGACUCUUCACCUUGUCCUCCGUCUGCGUGGUGGUAUGCAGAUCUUCGUCAAGACCCUCACUGGCAAGACCAUCACUCUUGAGGUCGAGUCGUCCGACACCAUCGACAAUGUCAAGUCCAAGAUCCAGGACAAGGAAGGCAUUCCCCCAGACCAGCAGCGCCUGAUCUUCGCUGGCAAGCAGCUUGAGGAUGGCCGCACUCUCUCCGACUACAACAUUCAGAAGGAAUCCACGCUCCACCUUGUCCUUCGUCUCCGUGGUGGUAUGCAAAUCUUCGUCAAGACUCUGACCGGCAAGACUAUCACACUCGAGGUUGAAUCAUCCGACACAAUCGACAACGUCAAGUCAAAGAUUCAGGAUAAGGAGGGUAUUCCCCCAGACCAGCAGCGCCUCAUCUUCGCCGGAAAGCAGUUGGAAGACGGCCGUACACUCUCUGACUACAACAUCCAGAAGGAGUCAACUCUGCACUUGGUGCUCAGACUUCGUGGCGGUCAGUAA